UCAAGGCCCAGCAAGUGGAAGGCGCAACGCGUGGAUCUUGAUUUUAUAGUGUCGCUUUCUGUUCCUUUACUUCUGGAGGAAUCAUGGUAAAGCUCACGGCCGAUUUGAUUGAGCAGGCGGCGCAGUAUACUAACGCCGUGCGGGACCGGGAGCUGGACCUCAGAGGCUAUAAAAUCCCAGUCAUUGAGAACCUUGGUGCGACGCUGGACCAGUUCGAUACAAUUGAUUUCUCAGACAACGAGAUUAGGAAGCUUGACGGCUUUCCCCUUCUUAAAAGACUAAAAACCUUGCUUUUAAAUAACAAUAGGAUAUGUCGCGUAGGAGAAGGUCUUGAACAGGUGUUGCCCAACUUAACAGAACUGAUCCUCACAAACAACAAUAUUAUGGAGCUAGGAGACCUGGAUAAUCUGUCGUCCAUAAAAAAUCUCACAUAUCUUUGCCUUUUACGGAAUCCAGUAGUUAGUAAAAGGCAUUACCGACUGUAUGUCGUAUACAGAAUCCCACAAGUCCGGGUACUGGACUUCCAGAAAAUCAGGCUUGCAGAGCGAGAGGAGGCAGCGAAUAUGUUCAAGGGCAAGCGGGGUGCACAGCUUGCAAAGGAUAUUGCCAAGAGAUCAAAAACGUUCAUACCCGGUGCCGGCUUGCCAACAGAAAAGAAGAAAGCCGGUCCUUCCCCUGGUGAUGUUGAGGCCAUUAAGAAUGCCAUUGCCAACGCAACUACACUAGCAGAAGUAGAGAGACUCAAAGGCUUACUUCAGUCUGGGCAGAUUCCGGGCAAAGACAAAGUGUCAGGAACAUCCGAGGAAGCCGAAGAGGAGAUGGAGGAGGAUGUUGUUGAAAACGGGUCCUGAGUUCUUUUUCAGUAUGGUUUGCUGUUAAUGCACAACACUGCUCUGUUUGCAAAUGUAAAUGUUGUACUGUAAAUUUAAGUCCAAUAAAGUCGCUUUUUUGUAUUUUAAUAA